AACAGAAUCCCCUACCACAACAAGCUCUCCAACAAAUACGGCUCCAACUACAACAGGUGCUCCAACAACAACUGAAGCCCCUACCACCACAAGCCCUCCAACUACAACAAUUGCCCCAACAACAACAAGUGCUCCAACAACAACUGAAGCCCCUACCACAACAAGCCUUCCAUCAACAACAAGUGGUCAAACAACAACAGAAGCCCCUACCACCACAAGCCCUCCAACAACAACAAUUGCCCCGACAACAACCAGUGCUCCAACAACAACAGAAUCGCCCACCACAACAAGCCCUCCAACAACAACUAUGGCUCCAACUACAACAAGUGCUCCAACAACAACAGAAGCCCCUACCACCACAAGCCCUCCAACAACAACAAUUGCCCUGACAACAACCAGUGCUCCAACAACAACAGAAUCACCUACCACAACAAGCCCUCCAACAACAACUAGUGCUCCAACAACAAGUGCUCCAACAACAACAGAAGCCCAUACCACAACAAGCCCUCCAACAACAACUGCUCCAACAACAACAAGUGCUCCAACUACAACAGAAGCCCCAACCACCACAAGCCCUUUAACAACCACUAUGGCUAUGACUACAACAAUUGCGCCAACAACAACUGAAGCCCCUACCACAACAAGCCCUCCAACAACAACUAUGGAUCCAACAACAACAAGUGCUCCAACAACAACAGAAGCCCCUACCACAACAAGCACUAUGACUCCAACUACAACUAAUGCUCCAACAACAACUGAAGCCCCUACAACCACAAGCCAUCCAACAACAACAAUUGCCCCGACUACAACAAGUGCUCCAAAAACAACUGAAGCCCCUACCACAACAAGCCUUCCAUCAACAACAAGUGGUCAAACAACAACAGAAGCCCCUACCACCACAAGCCCUCCAACAACAACAAUUGCCCAGACAACAACCAGUGCUCCAACAACAACAGAAUCCCCUACCACAACAAGCUCUCCAACAACUACGGCUCCAACUACAACAGGUUCUCCAACAACAUCUGAAGCCCCUACCACCACAAGCCGUCCAACAACAACAAUUGCCACGACAACAAGCAGUGCUCCAACAACAACAGAAUCACCCACCACAACAAGCCCUCCAACAACUACGGCUCCAACUACAACAAGUGAUCCAACAACAACAGAAUCACCUACCACAACAAGCUCUCCAACAACAACUACAGCUCCAACAACAACAAGUGCUCCAACAACAACAGAAGCCCCUACCACAACAAGCCCUCCAACAACAACUACGGCUCCAAAAACAACAAGUGCUCUAACAACAACAGAAGCCCCAACCACCACAAGCCGUCCAACAACCACUAUGGCCCCGACUACAACAAGUGCUCCAACAACAACAGAAUCCCCUACCACAACAAGCCCUUUAACAACCACUAUGGCUAUGACUACAACAAUUGCGCCAACAACAACUGAAGCCCCUACCACAACAAGCCCUCCAACAACAACUAUGGAUCCAACAACAACAAGUGCUCCAACAACAGAAGCCCCAACCACCACAAGCCCUCCAACAACCACUAUGGCCCUGACUACAACAAGUGCUCCAACAACAACAGAAUCCCCUACCACAACAAGCCCGCCAACAACAACAAGUGGUUCAACAACAACAGAAGCCCGUACCAACACUAGCCCUCCAACAACAACAAAUGGUGCAACAACAACAGAAGCCCCUACCACCACUAGCCCUCGAACAACAACAAUAGCCCUGACAACAACCAGUGCUCCAACAACAACAGAAUCCCCUACCACAACAAGCUCUCCAACAACUACGACUCAAACUACAACAGAUUCUCCAACAACAACAGAAUCACCUACCACAACAAGCUCUCCAACAACAACUACAGCUCCAACAACAACAAGUGCUCCAACAACGCCAGAAGCCCCUACCACGACAAGCCCUCCAACAACAACUACGGAUCCAACAACAACAAGCCCUCCAACAACAACUAUGGCCCCAACUACAGCAAGUGCUCCAACAACAACAAGUGGUCCAACAACAACAGAAGCCCCUACCACCACUAGCCCUCCAACAACAACAAUAGCCCUGACAACAACCAGUGCUCCAACAACAACAGAAUCCCCUACCACAACAAGCUCUCCAACAACUACGGCUCCAACUACAACAGGUUCUCCAACAACAACAGUAUCACCUACCACAACAAGCUCUCCAACAACAACUACAGCUCCAACAACAACAAGUGCUCCAACAACAACAGAAGCCCCUACCACCACUAGCCCUCCAACAACAACAAUAGCCCUGACAACAACCAGUGCUCCAACAACAACAGAAUCCCCUACCACAACAAGCUCUCCAACAACUACGGCUCCAACUACAACAGGUUCUCCAACAACAACAGUAUCACCUACCACAACAAGCUCUCCAACAACAACUACAGCUCCAACAACAACAAGUGCUCCAACAACAACAGAAGCCCCUACCACCACAAGCCCUCCAACAACAACUAUGGAUCCAACAACAACAAGUGCUCCAACCACAAAAGCCCCGACCACCACAAGCCCUCCAACCACCACUAUGGCCCUGACUACAACAAGUGCUCCAACUACAACAGAAAACCCAACCACCACAAGCCCUUUAACAACCACUAUGGCUAUGACUACAACAAUUGCGCCAACAACAACUGAAGCCCCUACCACAACAAGCCCUCCAACAACUACUAUGGAUCCAACAACAACAAGUGCUCCAACAACAGAAGCCCCAACCACCACAAGCCGUCCAACAACCACUAUGGCCCUGACUACAACAAGUGCUCCAACAACAACAGAAUCCCCUACCACAACAAGCCCGCCAACAACAACAAGUAGUUCAACAACAACAAAAGCCCCUACCACCACUAGCCCUCCAACAACAACAAAUGGUCCAACAACAACAGAAGCCCCUACCACCAGUAGCCCUCCAACAACAACAAUAGCCCUGACAACAACCAGUGCUCCAACAACAACAAAUCCCCACCACAACAAGCUCUCCAAAACUACGGCUCCAACUACAACAGUUUCCAACAACAACAAACCUCACCUACCCAACAACAAGCUCUCCCAACCACACAACUACAGCUCCAACAACAACAACCCCUACCACCACAAGCCUUCCAACAACAACUAUGGAUCCAACAACAACAAGUGCACCAACCACAAAAGCCCCGACCACCACAAGCCCUCCAAUAACCACUAUGGCCCUGACUACAACAAGUGCUCCAACAACAACAGAAUCCCCUACCACAACAAGCACUCCAACAACAAGUGCCCUGACAACAACCAGUGCUCCAACAACAACAGAAUCACCUACCACAACAAGCUCUCCAACAACAACUACAGCUCCAACAACAACAAGUGCUCCAACAACAACAGAAGCCCCUACCACGACAAGCCCUCCAACAACAACUAUGGAUCCAACAACAACAACCCACACAACAAGUGCUCCAACAACAACAGAAUCCCCUACCACAACAAGCCCUCCAACAACAACAAGUGGUUCAACAACAACAGAAGCCCCUACCAUCACAAGCCCUCCAACAGCAACUAUGUAUCCAACAACAUCAAGUGCUCCAACAACAGAAGCCCCAACCACCACAAGCCCUCCAACAACCACUAUGGCCCUGACUACAACAGGUUCUCCAACAACAACAGAAUCACCUAUCACAACAAGCUCUCCAACAACAACUACAGGUCCAACAACAACAAGUGCUCCAACAACAACAGAAGCCCCUACCACAACAAACCCUACAAGAACAACUAUGGCCCUGAGAACAACCAGUGCUCCAACAACAACAGAAUCCCCUACCACAACAAGCUCUCCAACAACUACGGCUCCAACUACAACAGGUUCUCCAACAACAAGAGAAUCACCUACCAAAACAAGCUCUCCAACAACAACUACAGCUCCAACAACAACAAGUGCUCCAACAACAACAGAAGCCCCUAG